AUGAAAAAGAAUUAUGGUUACUUUGUAAGAGUGAUUUCCCGAGGUGGAAGCUAUGCCAACCCACAUUUUCUCACUACAAACUCUUGUUAUUCGUUCCCUUUAUUCAACUACUAUCUUAAUCAUCCAAAAUCCCAUCGAGUUCUUUCAAAACCAAUUUGUAGUUUGAGAAAUGAUAAGAGCAGAACAAGUUUUAGAGCCAAUUUGCCAUCAAUUUCUCUGUCUCUUUUUGGUUCUGGUUUCGUCUUAGGUCCUCUGAUUGAUGGAAUUCAUUCUAAUGUUAAUCUUCAAAUAUAUCAAAAUGGUUCUGUCGAUAUCGGACCGCUUCACACAAACAUAUGGGUCCCACCUUUGCUUGGGCUGUUUUACUGUACUGUCGGUUUGCUGCAACUUUUCUUGGAUGAAAGAGCUUCUUCUGAGUCUAAAUUAGUUCCACAAGGAAGCUUGGAGAGAACAGCAUUUUCAUUAGGAGCAUUGGUGCUUUUCAUUGCAUUGAGUGCUGAAAUGUACAAAGCUGGUGUAGCAGACAACAUUGAAACUUACAUACUCUUUGCAUUGGCGGAGUUAAUAUGGCUCAACUUUGAUCGGACAUGGAUUGGUUUCACUCUAGCUUGCAUUACUGGUUUUGGAUGUCCAUUAGCUGAGGUUCCCAUAAUCAAAAUUUUUCACCUGUGGUAUUAUCCCCAGGCCAACAUUGAAGUCUUGGGUCAGGGGUUGAUUAGUUGGACAAGCACAUGUUACUUUGUUUAUACACCAUUCUUAAUCAACUUGACGCGUUGGCUAAAAUCAAUUAUGGUUGUUGCUGAUGAGCCUGAAGAAAUGGAGUAGAUUUAUCUGUUGGAACAGCAACUAUGUAACUAGAUUCAUCUGAAUUCAUGUACAUAUAAAAGAGGCUGUCUAAUUUCUUUAAGAAGUAUCUACACAGUUUUCAUUGGUGAAGGAAGCAUUAGCUUAUGAACUUUCUGUACAUGAUUUAAACACGAAUACAUAUAAAAGUGACAACAACGUUCCAGUUUU